CCGCAGUCUUCCUCCAGAGUCCCUCCAGCUCCAGCGAUUUUCUGUGGAAUCACUCUGACAUCUCCUGUCGUUCGCCCUAAGGAUGGAACUGCCGAAUAUUCUACUCUGUGCUGCUGCCAUCGCCUGCACGGUGAAAGUUUCACAUCAAGGGCCAAACCAGCGCCGACUGUACCAGGACCUGAUGAAAGGCUACAACCCACUGGAGAGACCAGUCUUCAAUGACUCGCAGGCUCUCGCUGUUCAGUUUGGCUUAACCCUCAUGCAGAUCAUGGAUGUGGAUGAGAAGAACCAGGUUUUAACAACCAACAUUUGGCUACGGAUGUACUGGAAUGAUUAUUACCUCCAGUGGAACACAGCAGAGUAUCCAGGUGUGACCGAUGUCAGAUUUCCUGACCAUCUCAUUUGGAAGCCAGACAUUCUGCUCUAUAACAGCGCAGAUGAAAGGUUUGAUGCUGCGGUUCACACCAAUAUCGUGGUCAACUCCUCGGGCAACUGUACCUACUUGCCCCCAGGGAUCUUCAAAAGCACCUGCCACAUUGAUGUGCGCUGGUUCCCCUUUGAUGUGCAGAGAUGUGACCUGAAGUUUGGCUCCUGGACGUACGAAGGGUGGUCUCUGGACUUAAAGAUGUUGGAGGCAGAUACCACCGACUACAUCGCCAACGGAGAGUGGGAUCUUGUCGAGUUCCCGGGGCGAAAGAACGAGCGCUUCUACGAGUGCUGUGAAGAACCGUAUACUGACAUCACCUUCACUUUGGUGAUGCGCAGACGGACCCUCUACUACGGUCUCAAUCUGCUCAUCCCAUGCGUCCUGAUCUCCACUCUGGCCCUGCUUGUCUUCCUCCUACCGGCUGACUCCGGGGAGAAGAUCUCACUGGGCAUUACCGUCCUGCUGUCCCUGACCGUCUUCAUGCUGCUGGUUGCAGAGAUUAUGCCCGCCACAUCAGACUCGGUGCCUUUAAUAGCUCAGUACUUCGCCACUACCAUGGUCAUCGUCGGCCUCUCUGUAAUUGCCACAGUUGUGGUCUUACAAUAUCACCACCAUGACCCUCAUGGAGGCAAGAUGCCAAAGUGGACCCGUGUGAUCCUUCUGAACUGGUGCGCUUGGUUCCUGCGCAUGAGGCGUCCCGGCGAGGAGCGCGUGCGUUCGGCCUGUCACAACAAAGCUCGACGGAGCAGCCUCACCAGCAUGGACCUCAACGCCAGCGCCUCGGCCUCCCAGUCCAACAACGGCAACAUGCUCUACGUUGGCCUCCGCGGCCUGGAGAGCAUUCAGUACUCCGCCGCCGCCACCUCGCCCGACUCCGGGGUCCUCAGCGGGCGGCUGGUUGCGCGUGCAGGUGAGGACGAGUUGCUCCUCUCCCCAGGUAACAGCUCCUCAGUGGGACAUGUAGAAGCAGAGCUGGCCAAGAUCCUGGACGAGGUGCGCUUCAUUGCCAAGCGGUUUCGCGACCACGACGAGGACGACUCGGUGUGCAACGAGUGGAAGUUUGCGGCGUCGGUUAUCGACAGGCUGUGCCUCAUGGCCUUCUCGGUCUUCACCAUCCUCUGCACCAUUGGGAUCCUCAUGUCUGCACCCAACUUUGUAGAGGCCAUUUCCAAAGACUUUUUUUCCUGAGGACGUAAAUAAAUGAGGGAGUAUAUGCUUUAACAAUACUAAAAAAACUUACACCACUCUUCUCUUAGAGUAACCAUACAUAAACCAAUCUGGACACAGUUACGCCUGAGACUUAUAUAUCACCUAAUACUUAGCUAAAGUCAGAUUCAUGACAUGUCCAGAUAAAAAGUAUGCAUAAAUAGUUGAAUUUGUAUGUUACAUUAUAUUAAAUGGUCUUUUCCUUUUACCUCACAUCCCAGUAUACUGGAGAAGAACUAACUGAUCUUCUUGAACUCGUUUGUGUAAAUGGUGUCAUUUGCAGACUUACAAAGAAUGCAACUGUGGUUUGUUAUGUGGUAAUAUAUGUGUGUUAUUGUCCUAUUGUAACUUUUCCCAUAUACAGCUACAGUAUCUUGUAUUGAAAUGUAUUUGUUGUACGACACACAUACUCAUAAACAAUUAUAUGAAACUGUUGUUUGCCUUUCUAUAAAUACAAUUUACUGUUCAACAUAAACCAAACAUCUCAAUUUACCGAUGCUCCUACUUGAUUUUACUUAUUGCUAUCUCUUUAUUUCUGUAUUGUAACAUCUGUAAUAGUUUUUUUUUUUCUUUUUUUAUGUCAAUUAAUUUCCACUUGUUUGGUUUACUACUACUGCAUUUUUGUUUGGUUUCUCUUUUCCAUUUCAUACAUUUUGCAAAUAAAUGUACUCUUUGUAUUUGAAAAUAAUAAUAAUAAUAAUAAUAAUAAUAAUAAAAAGCAUUUUAAAAUGUA